UCCAUCCAGAAAGAUGGCCUCUGCGACAUAACAGAGGGACUCGGCACAGGGACCCUGGUGGCUGUGCCUUCAGCUCUUUCCUGGGAGCCACAAACCCCAUUUGUUCCUCCGCAACUUGAGCCUUCUCUGUUCCUCUGCUGGAGCCCAUGGUCACAAUAUGGCCAUUGCAGCCCAGCCAUCAUGUCUGGAUUCCAGGCAAGAAAGGGUAAUGUGUGCAUCAGAAAAGCAAAAACAUUCUCAAAUUCCCUGGUAAAUUAAGCUGAUGUUUCAUUGGCUAGAUGUAUGCCACAUGGCCACUCCCUAAUAAAAGGAGAUCUCAGAAGCGCCACAGCGAGCGAGCAAGCGAGUGAGAAGGGGGAGAGAGGGAGUCUGUCUGCAAAGUGCUGCUCCCUGGUGCUCAGAGGCGGCUGCUCCAGCUCCAGCUCCAACUCUCAUUCAUUUUGCCGGUUAACAUGAGAGAUCAUGGCCGCCUUCGGGCUUCUCAGCUAUGAGCAGAGACCGCUGAAACGCCCCCGGCUCGGGCCGCCGGACGUCUACCCGCAGGACCCCAAGCAGAAGGAGGAUGAACUCACUGCUGUGAAUGUAAAGCAAGGCUUCAGCAAUCAGCCGGCCUUUACGGGAGACGAACAUGGCUCAGCCAGAAAUAUUGUAAUUAAUCCAUCAAAGAUUGGAGCUUAUUUUAGCAGCAUAUUAGCUGAGAAACUAAAGCUGAACACUUUUCAGGACACCGGAAAGAAGAAACCACAAGUUAAUGCUAAAGAUAAUUAUUGGCUGGUUACCCCUCGAUCGCAGAGUGCAAUUCAUAGUUGGUUCUCUGAAUUAGCAGGAAAUAAGCCACUUGCUAUUUUGGCAAAAAAGGUUCCCAUCCUUAGUAAAAAAGAAGAUGUUUUUGCAUAUUUAGCUAAAUAUUCAGUGCCAAUGGUUCGAGCAAUGUGGCUUAUCAAGAUGACUUGUGCCUAUUAUUCUGCUAUUUCUGAAGCUAAAAUUAAGAAACGCCAGACUCCUGAUCCCAAUUUGGAGUGGACACAAAUAUCUACCAGGUAUCUUCGAGAGCAGCUGGCCAAGAUUUCCGACUUCUACCACAUGGCUUCCAGCAUGGGUGAUGGCCCUGUCCCUGUGCCCCCAGAUGUGGAGCAAGCCCUGAAGCAGUGGGAAUACAACGCGAAGCUGGCAUUCCACAUGUUCCAGGAAGGAAUGCUGGAAAAACAUGAAUAUUUGACAUGGAUCUUGGAUGUUUUAGAAAAAAUCAGACCAAUGGAUGAUGAUCUUCUUAAACUCCUGUUACCAUUAAUGCUUCAGUAUUCAGAUGAAUUUGUUCAGUCGGCCUACCUGUCUCGUCGUCUUGCCUACUUUUGUGCCCGGCGUCUUGCCUUGCUGCUGAGCGAUAGCAGUGGCCUCCUCACUGCCCACUCGCCCCACAUGAUGAUAGGACCAAACAAUGCGAGCAUUGGGGCCCCCAGCCCCGGCCCCCCCGGCCCUGGCGUGAGCCCCGUGCAGCUGGCCUUCUCAGACUUUCUGUCCUGUGCACAGCACGGUCCCCUCAUUUAUGGACUUAGUUGUAUGUUGCAGACUGUCACUCUCUGUUGCCCAAGUGCCUUAGUGUGGAAUUAUUCCACAAACGACAGUAAGAGCGUGAACCCAGGCUCACCCCUGGAUCUACUGCAGGUGGCGCCCUCCAGCCUCCCCAUGCCGGGCGGGAAUACGGCCUUCAAUCAGCAGGUUCGGGCAAGGAUUUAUGAGGUAGAACAGCAGAUAAAACAGAGAGGCCGUGCAGUGGAAGUUCGGUGGUCUUUUGACAAGUGCCAAGAGUCAACAGCAGGGGUCACCAUUAGCCGGGUUUUGCACACAUUGGAAGUGUUGGAUCGACACUGUUUUGACCGAACUGAUUCUAGCAAUUCAUUGGAGACGCUUUAUCAUAAGAUUUUCUGGCCGCACCAAAAUAAAGAUAACCAAGAGGUUGCCCCCAGUGAUGAAGCUGUGGUGACAUUAUUGUGUGAAUGGGCUGUGAGCUGUAAACGGUCCGGCAAGCACAGGGCGAUGGCAGUGGCGAAACUCUUGGAGAAGAGGCAAGCGGAAAUCGAGGCCGAGAGAUGUGGGGAGUCAGAGGUCUUAGAUGAGAAGGAGUCCAUUUCUUCUGCGUCUCUUGCUGGAUCUAGUUUGCCUGUUUUCCAGAAUGUUCUGCUAAGGUUUUUAGAUACACAGGCCCCCUCAUUGUCGGAUCCAAACAGUGAAUGUGAGAAGGCGGAGUUUGUGAACCUGGUGCUUCUCUUCUGCGAGUUCAUCCGGCACGAUGUCUUCUCUCACGACGCUUACAUGUGCACCCUCAUCUCCCGAGGAGACCUGUCCGUCACCUCCUCCACUCGGCCACGGUCGCCUUCGGGAGAAAAUGCAGAUGAGCACUACCCCAAGGACCAUGACAUGAAGAUGGAGAGAUGUGGGGAGUCAGAGGUCUUAGAUGAGAAGGAGUCCAUUUCUUCUGCGUCUCUUGCUGGAUCUAGUUUGCCUGUUUUCCAGAAUGUUCUGCUAAGGUUUUUAGAUACACAGGCCCCCUCAUUGUCGGAUCCAAACAGUGAAUGUGAGAAGGCGGAGUUUGUGAACCUGGUGCUUCUCUUCUGCGAGUUCAUCCGGCACGAUGUCUUCUCUCACGACGCUUACAUGUGCACCCUCAUCUCCCGGGGAGACCUGUCCGUCACCUCCUCCACUCGGCCACGGUCGCCUUCGGGAGAAAAUGCAGAUGAGCACUACCCCAAGGACCAUGACAUGAAGAUGGAGAUUUUUUCUCCUAUGCCUGGGGAGUCCUGUGAGAUCAUCAACCCUUCCUUGGGCAGAAGGAUGUCAGUUAAUGGUGAGAAGCUGCUGAAGAGAGAAAAACCAAGAGAGUUGAUUUUUCCAUCUAAUUAUGACCUCCUGCGACACCUGCAGUAUGCAACACAUUUUCCCAUACCUCUGGAUGAGUCUUCAAGCCAUGAAUGUAACCAGCGCACCGUUCUUCUGUAUGGUGUGGGCAAAGCACGUGAUGAAGCGAGGCAUCAGCUGAAGAAGAUUACCAGAGAUAUUUUGAAAAUCCUAAAUAAGAAGAGCACCACAGAGAUGGGGGUUGGAGAUGAAGGACCAAGAGCCAGGAAGAACAGACAGGAGGCAUUUCCAACGCUGGAGACUGUGUUCACAAAACUUCAGCUCCUUUCGUAUUUUGAUCAGCAUCAAGUAACAUCUCAGAUCUCUAACAAUGUGCUGGAGCAGAUCACAAGCUUUGCGUCCGGGACUUCCUAUCACCUCCCUUUAGCUCACCAUAUUCAGCUCAUCUUCGACCUCAUGGAGCCAGCACUGAACAUUAAUGGACUAAUUGACUUCUCAAUACAGUUACUAAAUGAACUGAGUGUUGUGGAAGCCGAACUGCUCCUGAAAUCCUCCAGCCUCGCAGGCAGCUACACCACGGGCCUCUGUGUCUGCAUCGUGGCUGUUCUCAGGCGCUACCACAGCUGUCUGAUCCUGAACCCUGAGCAAACAGCCCAGGUGUUUGAAGGGCUGUGUAGUGUGGUAAAGCAUGUUGUGAAUCCCUCAGAGUGCUCUUCUCCUGAGAGAUGCAUCUUAGCCUACCUCUAUGAUCUCUACGUGUCAUGUAGCCACCUCAGAAGUAAAUUUGGAGACCUCUUCAGUAGUGCCUGUUCAAAAGUUAAGCAGACCAUAUAUAAUAAUGUGAUACCUGCUAAUUCUAACUUGCGAUGGGAUCCGGACUUCAUGAUGGAUUUUAUUGAGAAUCCUUCAGCUUGUAGCAUCAACUACUCUAUGCUAGGCAAGAUCCUCAGUGACAAUGCGGCCAAUCGCUACAGCUUCGUCUGCAAUACACUCAUGAAUGUAUGUAUGGGCCAUCAGGACGCUGGAAGGAUUAAUGACAUAGCCAAUUUCUCCUCCGAGCUGACAGCAUGCUGCACUGUUCUUAGUUCAGAGUGGCUGGGAGUUCUGAAGGCUCUCUGCUGUUCUUCCAAUCACGUGUGGGGGUUCAAUGAUGUACUUUGCACAGUAGAUGUGAGUGACCUUUCAUUCCAUGAUUCACUAGCUACUUUCAUUGCUAUUCUGAUAGCACGACAGUGUUUCUCCUUGGAGGACGUCGUGCAGCACGUGGCACUGCCCUCUCUCCUCGCGGCAGCUUGUGGAGACGCGGAUGCCGAGCCCGGGGCCAGGAUGACCUGCCGCCUCCUGCUCCAUCUCUUCCGAGCCCCCCAGGCCUGCUUAUUACCUCAAGCAGCCGGCAAAACUUUCCCUGGAAUAAGAUCAUCUUGUGAUAGACACCUUUUAGCUGCUGCUCACAACAGCAUCGAAGUGGGAGCAGUGUUUGCUGUUUUAAAAGCAAUUAUGAUGCUUGGAGAUGCCAAAAUUGGCAAUAACAGUGUCAGCUCUCUAAAGAAUGAUGACUUCACCAUGAGGGGUUUGCGACGUGAUGGGAAUGCUGAUGAUAUCUGGACUGCCUCACAAACUGCAAAAUCAUGCGGGAGAAGCAUUUCCAUAGAAACCGCCAACUUAAAAGAAUAUGCUAGAUAUGUACUGAGAACUAUUUGUCAACAGGAAUGGGUAGGAGAACAUUGCUUAAAAGAACCUGAAAGAUUGUGCACAGACAAAGAACUAAUAUUGGACCCUGUGCUUUCAAAUAUGCAAGCACAGAAACUACUGCAGCUCAUCUGUUAUCCUCACGGCAUUAAAGAAUGUACUGAGGGGGACAACCUGCAAAGACAGCACAUUAAGCGCAUUCUUCAGAACCUUGAGCAGUGGACACUGAGGCAGUCCUGGCUAGAACUUCAGUUAAUGAUUAAGCAGUGCUUGAAGGACCCAGGCUCUGGUUCGGUGGCUGAAAUGAACAACUUACUGGACAAUAUUGCUAAGGCGACCAUAGAGGUGUUCCAGCAGUCUGCUGACAUGAGCAUCAACUCUUCCAAUUCCGGUACGGGGCUCUUCAACCCGAACGGGAUCGGAAGCUCCGAUGCAGGAAGCACAAGGCAGAAUGGAAUAAAGACAUUUCUAAGCUCCUCUGAACGCAGAGGUGUGUGGCUGGUGGCCCCGCUCAUUGCCAGGCUGCCAACCUCUGUGCAAGGAAGAGUACUGAAAGCUGCCGGGGAGGAGCUGGAGAAGGGACAGCACUUGGGUUCUUCUUCAAAAAAGGAAAGAGACAGACAAAAACAGAAAAGUAUGUCUCUUUUGAGCCAACAACCAUUCCUCUCACUGGUCCUUACCUGCCUUAAGGGACAAGAUGAACAACGAGAAGGCCUCCUCAUGUCUCUCCAGAAUCAAGUUAAUCAGAUCUUAAGUAAUUGGAGAGAAGAGCGAUACCAACAUGACAUAAAAGCACGGCAGAUGAUGCACGAAGCAUUGCAGCUCCGCCUGAAUUUGGUGGGAGGAAUGUUUGACACAGUGCAGAGGAGCACCCAAUGGACCACAGACUGGGCCCUCCUCCUCCUUCAGAUCAUUACUUCUGGAACCGUUGACAUGCACACUAACAAUGAAUUAUUCACAACAGUUCUUGACAUGCUGGGUGUUUUAAUCAAUGGAACAUUAGCCUCUGAUCUGUCCAACGCAUUGCCAGGGGGAUCUGAAGAGAACAGACGUGCAUACAUGAAUUUAGUAAAGAAACUGAAGAAAGAGCUAGGAGACAAGCGGUCAGAAAGUAUUGAUAAAGUUCAACAGCUGCUGCCUUUGCCAAAACAGACAUGUGAUGUCAUCACUUGUGAGCCUAUGGGUUCCUUGAUCGACACAAAGGGAAACAAAAUUGCUGGGUUCGACUCUAUAGAUAAAAAACAGGGUCUCCAGGUCUCUACGAAGCAGAAGGUGUCCCCCUGGGAUUUGUUUGAGGGUCAGAAGAACCCAGCUCCUCUGUCCUGGGCCUGGUUCGGGACAGUCCGAAUAGACCGGAAGGUGAUCAAGUAUGAGGAGCAGCACCACCUCCUUUUGUACCACACACACCCUAUGCCCAAGCCCCGAAGUUACUACCUCGAGCCGCUGCCCCUGCCUCCCGAGGAGGAAGAGGAAGAGCCCACGUCUCCCAUUUCUCAGGAACCAGAGAGGAAAUCAGCUGAGCUGUCAGAUCAGGGAAAAACCACAACUGAUGAAGAGAAGAAAACAAAGGGAAGGAAGCGCAAGACAAAAUCAAGCUCAAGAGUUGAUGAGUAUCCACAGAGCAACAUAUACCGAGUGCCUCCUAAUUACUCACCCAUCUCCUCCCAGAUGAUGCAUCACCCACAGUCUGCCUUGUGGGGCUACAACCUCAUGGGGCAGCCCCAGCAGCCUGGCUUUUUCCUGCAGAGCCCAUCUCUUACUCCAGGUGGCUCUAGACUGGACCCCACAGGCUCCUUUGUCCCUACCAACACCAAGCAAGCCCUGUCGAACAUGCUGCAGCGGCGCUCCGGCGCCCUCAUGCAGCCGCCCUCGUUGCACGCCAUCACGUCGCAGCAGCAGCAGCUGGUCCAGAUGAAGCUCCUGCAGCAGCAGCAGCGGCUCCUCCGGCAAGCCCAGGCACGGCCGUGCCAGCAGGACUUCUGUAAUGCUGUCUCCCUUCUGGAAGACUUUGACAACAUAAUGGGCCAGCCAGGGGACCAGGCUGCUCUCUUUGCUGCACAAGCACGGCCCUCCCCUCAGCUCCCCCAGUAUCCAGGGCUGCAGCAAGCACAGGCCAUGCCCCAAGGCUAUACUAUGUAUGGAACACAGAUGCCUUUGCAGCAGACCCCGCAGCAGCAGGCUGGCAGUGUGGUCCUGUCCCCCAGCUAUAACUCCAGAACCUACCCGGUUGCUCAUUCCAACCCUACGCUGAUGGAAAGACUCAGACAGAUGCAGCAGCCGCCCAGUGGCUAUAUUCAGCAACAGGCCUCGCAGUACCUGCAGCCUCUGACUGGCUCCCAGAGACUGAAUCAUCAGUCCCUUCAGCAGAGCCCUCUGAUGGGUGGAGGAGUCGAUGCAGUGCUGACUCCCACACAUCUGAACCUGCCGUCUGUGCCGCUGCCUCAGGACCCUAUGCGGCCCAGACAGCCGCAGGUGCGACAGCAGCAGAGGCUCCUCCAGAUGCAGCAGUCCCAGCAGCCCCCGCAGCCCCAGCCGUCCUCGCAGCCCCAGAGCCAGCCCCUCAGUCUGCAGACCGUGCAGCCCCAGCAGCCAUUGUUUCCCAGGCAAGGCUUGCAGCAGACACAGCAGCAGCAGCAGACGGCUGCCCUGGUGCGGCAGCUCCAGAAGCAGCUCUCCAGUAACCAGCCACAGCAAGGAGUGACUCCCUAUGGACACCCUUCACACUUCUGAAUCUGGAAGAGGACAAGACAUGAAGUUUUAUGUUUGCACUGAAAAGCAGAAAUCAAAUUUAAUGCAUUAGUCAUCUUUAGAAAUGUCCCUUUGUUAUUUCAAUUCUUUGAAGUUUCUUUAUGUUUUAUGCUACACUUGUACAAAGGUGUUUAAACAAAAAACAAAGGAGGAGGUGUGGUUUUGUCUUGUUGCUUUCAGCUUUAAAAUAAGUUUUAAAAUGUGGAUCAUGCGGGCCUACUCCAGAGAAAGUUUGGUAGCAGACUUUUUGAUAUUGGUGCUUUUUUUGAAUCUCAUAGAAAGAAUGAAUUAUGGUAAAUAUAAUAUAUUUAUAUAUUCAUUAAUGAAGUUUUUUUUUCUUUUCAAACUGUGCCGGACCAAACUACUGAUUUGAAAGUCAUGUCAGGUCUUGACAGAAAAGUGACCCAUUUAUUCUGCAUUUACCUUUGAUGGUGAAAUGGACACUUAUUCACAUCACUCUAAUUUGAAAUAUUUGUAACUUCAUAAGCACUUUAUAAACUUCGUUCUUAUUUAUAUAGGGUUAUUCUUUGCUUUUGUUGUGGUCAAAAGGUGCUGAAACAGAUUGUUGCUUAGUACUUAAACUUCUUAGACCAAGAACUUAACCCAGGGCUUCUGUGAGUGAUGCCCUAAGAAGGUGGAAGCCUGCUGGAAGUAGCUGUACUCAAGUUUGUUUUCAGUAGCAAGGUUGCUGACCAGAGUCUCUGUGAAGGUACGACAUGGAAAUUCUAAAGGCCCCAACAAACCAUGGUGGAAUUGUCCAAUUAUUUAUUGCCAGAUUUGGCAAAAAUGACUGUGUCCAGUUUUGGUUCUCCUGAAUCUUAUGCCAACUUGAGAAAAAGAAUCUCGCAGCUGGCAUGAGAUUCCACAGUGCUCAAACUUGACAUGGUUUCCAGAGAAUUUGGCCUCCAGUUCAGAAAGCUCUGGUUUUCAUAAAAAAUGUAUUUGCUGUUUAUUUUAUAUGGUAAGUAUUUGCUAUUUUGAAUUUAAUUGUUAAUGUUGGUGUCCAAAUCGGUUGUGUGUUGCAUAUAAUGUAUUUAUAAAUUGGUGCAAAAAGCACAAGUAAAGUAAAUUAUACAUCAAAUUUAUUAUAAAGAAAUAGUAACUAUUUUAACUUUGUUCAAGUAUGUGGUAAUUUGCUCCUAUUAGAGUAAAAAAUCCAGUAAAUUAUCAGUUUGUGUAAUUUAAGAGUAUUCCAUAUAAUAUUUUUUUAGAUUUAGAUGCAUAAAAUUUUGAAUGUGAAAAUUGCAGGGCAUUUAAAAACAUGUGAGGGAUAUUUUCCCAUGUUCUGCGUUAAUUCAUUUCCUUUUGCCAUAUGAUUUCACAUGUCAUGUAGUUGCACAUACUGUGAAUAGAUUUGUCUAUAAUGAACAAACCAUGUAGAACUACUUUCUUUUGAAUGUAACUAGUACAACUUUAGUAGAUCACUUCCUUUGCAAAGCAUUAUAUAAAUAAUUUAUAUCUUCCUAGGUGAGUUACUCAUUGCAAAGUUUGACUCAUGCAAAUGACCUCAAAUGUAUGUCCGCUUACUUUGCUGUGGCAACAUCCCUGUGAACUGCUUUGUACACUGUGAAGCCAGUUUACUCCGGCCUGCUCAUUUCAUGUUUACUCUGGGCUGGAAAAGACUUUGCCAAAACAUGAAGGACCAUUCUUUUCACUAGAUUAACAUAUUCAACCUGCUUUCAGAGGAUACAUCUUUACUUUUCAGCUGGUUUUGUAUAUCGAGCUGUUUUUUCCCCCCUCAAGAAUCAUCUUUAGAGUACAUGAUAUUAUUUUUCUUCAAGUAGUAUAUCUGUAUAAUGACUGCCUUGGCUAGACAGCCGAACAAUGAAUGCUGUGCCCGGAGAGAGUCAUUUUCCACCCCGAUUGUCAUUUUCUUUCCUUUUGAGAAUUAUUAGCAUUUAAAAAAUCUCAGUUUUCUGUUGGAACCAUAUAUUUUUAUAGCUCAGUAUUGCAAACAGCAGUAAUACUGUUUCAAGAAUGAGUGUUAUAAUUGCAUAGCAUUUGUAUGCACUUUAUAUUUUGCAGAACUUAGUGAAAUUAAUUUAUUAAUCAUUUGCACUUGAAGACUGUGGGUGUACAUUUUUGUUGUGUGUCCUUUUUAGGUGGGGAAGCUAAGUCAUGGUAAGGCUUCCAAGAUUCUAUGGAAAGUUGAGGAAAAAAUUAAAACUGGUUUCUCCCUAUGCGUAAUAAAAAUGGCAACUGGAAAUUUUAAUCUAGUCUCAUCAUAGUAACUCCCACUUAACCCUCUAUCCUGAGAGGUUUCUUUUUUUUAGCAAAUGCGUUAAUUUGCAUUAAAUGAUCACAAGGGGAAGUCCUGUCCUUUGACAGAAGCUAGUAAUUUGUUUCAUGAAAUAGAAGAAAUUAUCUUAGGAUAAAUGGGAACCCCCACCCUGUUAAAUAUAAGACCUUGAAAUAGAAUGGAGUUGGACAUAAGAAGCCCUUAGACAUAACGUUUUCACUGUAGACUUGUUCCUAGUAGAGUUGCAUUUGUUAUGUGACUUACUCCUCUUGGCCCAGAAGUAGAAGAUCACUGUUAGAAUGAAUAUCCUUUGACUUAUUUCAGCCAUGGGAUCCCAACCUCAGAGGCAGCAGCAAUCAGUCACCUCUCAGUGGGGCCAGCUGAAAGUGGGUGUGGUGAAAACACAAUGAAGUGAGCUCCCCCAUAUAUCUCAGAUGAUUGGUGGGGGCUGACAUAGCUCUCGGUUUGAGUACUGAGAUAUCUGAGUAAAACCUAUGGCAUUUUCUUUUUAUCUUAUUAAGGCUCCUAUAAUUCUUCUUAAAUAAUAGGCGAAUAUUUAAAUAGAUGCUGGAGAAAUUACAUUGGAAAAUCCCAGCCUCUACAAUUAGAAAAGAUGAAUCAUAAUGUUCCCCAAAUUAAUUCCAGUUGAAUUAAGCAUGUAAUAUAAAUAAA